GUUUCCUCUUACGAGACCUGAUCUUUGCAAAAAAUGGGAGGCUGCUGUUAAAAGGAAAAACUUCAAACCGACCAAGUACAGCAGCAUUUGCUCAGAGCACUUCACUCCUGACUGCUUUAAAAGGGAAUGCAACAACAAGCUUCUGAAAGAAAAUGCCGUGCCCACGAUAUUUUGUUACACUGAACCUAGCGAAAAGCCUGAAGAAUUUGCAGAACAGCCAGAAGAUCCACUACCGCCUCCCCCACUGCCGCCGCCGCCGCCACCACCUCCACCACCAGCAGCUCCAGUAUUACCACCAUCUCCAUCAACUCCUUCUUUUCAUCUGUCUCAGAUAGAUGCCAGAUUAGUCGAUCCAAGUAUUGGAUUAUUGAUGCCUCCUCUCCAGACCCCUAGCAACCUUGCUGUUUUCUGUGAUCACAACUAUACCGUAGAGGAUACAGUUCAUCAACGAAAACGAAUUCAGCAGCUGGAGGAGCAAGUUGAGAAACUGCGGAAGAAGCUCAAGACAGUGCAGCAGCGAUGCCGGCGUCAGGAAAAACAAAUUGAAAAACUGAGAGAGGUUGUUCAGUUUCAGAAAGAAAAAGACAUAUUGGCAGGAAAAGGCUACGUGAUUCUACCCAAUGACUAUUUUGAAGUUGUAGAAGUACCUGCCUAG